UUGAUUGUUAUGGGAGUGUCUGGAAGUGGCAAAUCAACUAUUGGUUAUAAGUUGUCAUGUAGAUUAGGUUGCAAGUUCAUUGAUGGUGAUGAUCUUCAUCCUCGUGCUAAUAUAAUGAAGAUGGCAUCGGGACAACCAUUGAACGAUGAUGAUCGUGAACCUUGGUUACAACGUUUGAACGAUGUGGCCUACUCUCUAACACAGAAGAAGGAGCGAGGUGUUGUAGUAUGCUCAGCACUCAAACAGAGAUAUCGUGAUCGUCUUAGACGAGACAACACUGGAGUACUAUUCAUAUAUCUGAAGGGAAGCUACCAAGUCAUACUACAGCGAUUAGAGGCCCGACGUGCCGGACACUUCAUGCCCUCGACCCUACUCCAAAGCCAAUUCGAUGCUCUCGAGGAGCCCGACCCCUCCAUCGAGACCGAUGUCCUAUCCAUCGACAUUGAUCAUUCAACAAUCGAUCAAGUUGUAGACAGUUGUUGCCAAGUGUUGUCGACAAGG